CGGCAUUUAUCCCCGUAUGACGCUUGGGCGUGGCGCCUGCUAUCCUUGGCGACGUUACGUGGAUUUGAGUGAUGCAGGAUGGCUCAUCACAUAUGUAUGUAAUGUGUGAUAUAAAGCUGUUUCUCAGGCCGCAAGGCGAGAAUACAUUAUUCACACCGAGCUCUACAGAUUCAGAAAUUUCAGUCUAGCCAAAUUUAUAUUCAAGUCUCUUUUCGGUCCUUCCUGACACCUUCAUGUCGUCUCCUACAGGAAAUUCUAGUAUUUCCUUUCCGAGUCAAGCAGACCUCUUCUAUUACUGCACUACAUCAUCGACCUCCCAAGAAAAUCUCAACCUCCACUAUGCAGCUCCCUCAAGAUCCUCACUCAAAAUUGGCGUCAUUAUUUUGGGUCAAGUCCAACUACUCGACUUGGCUGCUCUCGACCUUCUCGCAAUGAUUAGCAAAAAUCGGGUCAGCAAAUUCAACCCCACGGCUGCAGCACUGGAUCAAGCCGUGGACGAGAUCGACAUUCGAUACGUUAGCAUGACGGGAGAAGGAAGUUUCCCCGUCACAGCUGGUUCGCGAAUGCCGGUGACGAACUCCUUCAUCAACGCCCCCCAAUUCGACAUCCUCCUUAUCCCCGGCACCUCCACCCUAACCAACCUCCCUCCCCCGGCCUCUGCCUUCCUUACCGCCCAAUGCCUCAACACAAACCUCCUGGCCAUCAUGACCAUCUCCUCAGGCAUCGCCCACCUAGUCCAAGCAGGGAGUCUGCACGGCACCCGCGUUGCCGCGCCUCGCUCGCUGCUGCCCUGCCUGCAGCACCGCUUUCCCGAAACCGAGUGGCAGUCUGCGCCUUGGACCAGGCAUGGCAAGGUUUGGACCUGCAAUUCACCCGUCUCCGCCCUGCAUAUGGUCGUAGAGUGGAUGAAGGAAUAUUUUUGGGAUCGCCACGACGCCCUGGCGUGUGUGGUCGCGGUUGCCGGGGUGGGCAGCUUGUAUGAGUAUAGUCAUUGUGAUUAUUGAGGGUUGGAUUGCGGAUGGCUGGGGCUUGCGAGUCUUUUUUUUCUUCUUCUUUGGUGCAAGAGGCAAAUUCUACUCUUUGCGAGACUUUUGGGUUUGUAUUUUGUAUCUCUUUUUUUUUGCGGGGGAGGGGGGGGGGGCUUCACUGGAUCGUAGCGCCGGUUUUUUUUGGCUGCUCUCUAGAGGAGAUGUAACAUUAUUGUAGAUUUGCUAGGAGAAAGGGAUGUAAAUUAUCAAUUUUUUUUCCUUUUU